ACUGAUUUGUGGUUCUAUGUUUUGUUUGGAAAAUAAAAUUCUGUAUUGAGACGAAUUGUAGAAUAAUUUAUUAAAGAUUUAACAUCUCUUAUUAGAAGUUAUACGAAUGUUGUAUCUAAUUUAGUGUAUAAUUAGAAUGCAUCCUUUAAAAUGCUGCAGAUUUUGUUUGAAUAGUCAUAACUUGCACCCCAUAUUUACAUACCCGGAACACAGUGAAAAAUACAUUAAUACUAUAUUAAUUGCUACGGGGAUUAAGGUUGAAUAUAACGAUCAGCUUCCUCAAGAUGUAUGUACGAACUGUAUCAGUUUUAUAAAUGAAUCCAUUAAAUAUAGGAAAAAAUGUGAAGAAAUCCAGAAGGUUCUACUAAAUUAUCAACCAAAUGACACACUCCCCGCAGUUUUUACUAUAAAAUUAAAUGAUAAUGUUACAACAAUAGAUAUAUUUGACGCAAACGAUGAUGACUUCAAGGAGUUUGAUGAUAAUAUUACUUUGGACACAUUCCAAAUAAACGGAAGUAGAGAUAUAAGCACAGAUACAAAAACUGUGGCAGAGGCGCCCACAGAUAAUAUAUUUGACAAGAAAAAGCGAAGCGCAGUUCGUAAAAAAAAUGUUGUGCGAACUUUGAAAGGUAAAACGGACAAAGAAUCUGAUAAGAGAAAAAAGGAGAGAGGGAAGGAAGAGAUAGAGUGUGAAUAUUGCCAUAAAAUAUUGACCUCGAAGCUGUCACUGCGUAAUCAUUAUAAAAUUCACACUGGAUUUGAUGUGGUUUGCGAGCAUUGCGGCAAAAAAUUCAUCACCCGCAGGCUUCUACUGAUGCAUUGUAGAGCUAAACAUGGCUACGAGAAGACGGACAAGUGUUCUUAUUGUGAUUAUAAAGCGUCCAAUGCGGAACAAGUCAAAAUACAUGAGCGACUCCACACAGGGGAAAAGCCAUAUGUAUGCAAUGAAUGUAAUGCCGGUUUCCACAGAAAGAGCAGCUACUUGCAGCAUGUAGCUAUACAUCUGCCUGAAAAGACCGUUCAGUGUGACCAGUGUCCAGCGCGUUUUAAAUCGGUUACCCUCAUGCGCAUACACAAGAACAGACAUCGCGCACCACAAUACAGAUAUAAAUGUGGCGUUUGCGACAACAGCUUCGCGAGACGUCGUAACGCGGCGAGGCACUUGCAGCGAGUGCACGGCGUCGCGCCGGAUCAUCAUAUCCAUAGACAUAAUAUACAUUGAAAAGUA